CUUGCGUCAGACCUUCCCUUCCUGGCUAUAUAAGCUGGCGAGACCGCAGCAGCAGCAGCAGAUCAGUUUUUUGUAGGCUGACUGCAGGACGAAGCCUGGGACACAGCACACUGUCCUUGGAGCCAUGAGUGCCGGUUACGACCCCUACUUCUCCUCCUCCUGCUACAAGCGCUGGUAUGUGGAGAGCACCCCACGGGCUCCAGCUCGGAGUCGCUCCCGUACCGUCUAUGCCAGCCACACUUCUCCGCUCUCCUCUGCCCGGCUGCACUAUGCCUCCCCUGGCCGCGCCACCUCCUCCUCGAUGCUGCUGAGCAGCCCGGCCCACUCUGUGGAGCUGGACCUGUGCCAGGCAGCCCAGGUCAGCUCAGAGUUUAGAGCCGUGCGUACCCAGGAGAAGGCCCAGCUGCAGGAGCUCAAUGACCGCUUUGCAGGUUUCAUCGAGCGAGUCCAUGAUCUAGAGCAGCAGAACCGUGCCUUAGAGGCUGAGCUGUUGCUUCUCCGCCAAAGGCAUGGAGAGCCAUCUCGCCUCAGGGCCCUCUACGAGCAAGAGGCCCGAACCCUAAGGGCCGCAGUGGACGAGGCACGCCUGGAGAAGCAGGCCGCACUCAGCCAGAGGGAUCACAUGGAGGAAACCCUGAGAUCACUGCAGGGUCACUACGAGAAGGAAGUCCUGGCCCGUGAAGAUGCAGAGAGAAAGUUGUUGGAGGCCCGAAAGGAGGCGGACGAGGGUGCGUUGUCCCAGGCUGAGCUGGAGAAGAGGGUCAACACCCUUCUGGAUGAGUUGGCCUUCCUUAAAAAGAUCCACGAGAGUGAGAUCUCAGAGCUUCAAGCGCAGGUCCAGUAUGGGGCGCAGAUUGCAGUGGAGACCGAGACGACCAAGCCUGACCUGUCCAGCGCCCUGCGGGACAUCCGUGCUCAGUAUGAAAGGCUGGCUGCCAGAAACAUGCAGGCUGCUGAAGAUUGGUUUAGGGGAAAAGUGGGGCAUCUAACAGAGACCGUGGCCCACCACAGCGAAGCGGUGAGGAACUCCAGGGAUGAAGCAGGCGAGUACCGGCGCCAGCUGCAGGCCUGUGUCCUGGAGAUUGAUGCCUGCAAAAGCCUUAACGACUCUUUGGAGAAACAGCUGAGAGAAGUGGAGGACAAGCAGAGUGCAGAGAUUGCUGCCAUGCAGGAUACAAUCAAUGAGCUAGAAAAUGAACUAAGAGCCACUAAAGGUGAGAUGGCAAGAUAUCUUAAAGAGUACCAGGACCUCCUCAAUGUCAAGAUGGCCCUUGAUAUUGAAAUAGCUGCAUACAGGAAACUCCUAGAGGGUGAGGAAUCACGCUUCAAUGUGGGUGUGGCAGGAGGUUUGGCCAGUGCUUACUCCAUCGGCCCAGCCUACACACGGCCCAUGUUCACUCUGCAGUCCACUGUGAGCUCUGGCGCCCCCUAUCUGCUCAGCUCUCGCGUGAUCAGCUCCACUCUGUCAGCCGAGCCCACAAAGGAGGAAGAAGCAGAGGAAGAAGAGGAAAAGGAGGAGGAAGAAAAGGAAGAAGAGGAAAAGGAGGAGGAAGAAAAGGGUGAAGAGGAGGAAAAGGAGGAAGAGGAGGAAGGAAAAGAGGAAGAAGAGGAGAAAGAAGAAGAAGGUGAAGAGGAGGCUGCCGCUGAGGCUGCAGAGGAGGAAAAAGAGGAAGGAGGUGAAGAGGAGGAAGAGGCUAAAGAGAAAGAGGGUGAGGAAGAGGAAGGAGCAGAGAAAGAAGAAGGAGCUGAGGAGGAGGAGGAGGGUGGUGAGAAAGACGGAGAAGAGGAAGAGGGAGAGAAGGAUGAGGAGAAGGGAGAUGAUAAGGAGGAGGCUGAGGCUGACAAGGCUGAUACUGAGGCAGCAGCAAAACCAGAGAAGGAUGACGCCAAAGAAGCCAAAGAGGAGCCGAAGGCCGAGCCAGAGGCAGCUAAAGAGAAGGAGAAAGCAGAACCUGAGCCAGUUAAAGAGAAAAGUGAGGCAGAACCAGAGCCAGUCAAAGAAAAAGCCAAGGAAGAACCAGAGAAAGCCAAACCCAAAGAGAAGGCCGAGACCGAAAAACCAAAAUCAAAAGAUGAAGGCGAUAAAGCCAAAGAUGAGGCGAAGGAAAGUGCCAAACCAGAACAGGAAAAGAAGAAGGAAGAAGAAAAGCCCAAAGAAAAGAAGUAAAUACUAUGAUUUAGGGCAGAAUAGAAACUUUAACAUGCACUUAUUCACUCUUGGCACUCUGAUGAAGGCGCUAAGUGCAAAAUGCAAUAAUGCAAUAAUGAUGUCUGAAAAUAGAUUCAGCUAUACUUGCUCUGUAAGCAGACUGUAAGUUAUGCAUAAUACAAAUGAAUGAAUGAGUAUUGAAUGUCAUAUGUUAUUUUCUGCUAAUACAGUGUGAAUAAAUGUGGAACUUUGCUGCAAGUGCAAUAAUAAACAUGCCUCUGAAGAAUCAUCA